UGCAAUCUUGACACACAUAGCAUGAUUUAGUGCAGAUAAAGGACAUGUUUUUUGUUUACUGUUUAGUCCUUAAACAGUUUCUGCAUAGAAUACGUGCAAUGCAUAUGUCUGAUGAAAUGAAAUUGUGCACCAUAGAUCAUGUUGCUAGCCAGCUACCUACCCUACCCCAGCAUGCAUCUCGUUACUCCCUUGGUCGGCAGAUGGAAACAUGGCGUCGAUAAGUAAAUACUUGACAGCCAAGAACUCCUCUAUAGCAGGUGCCACAAUCGUUGCCUUGUAUCUUCUCAAGAGAAGACAUGCAGCCCAAUUAAAUUGGGGGAAAAGAUCAUCAGAGCUACAGUUGAACAAAGAUGAGGCCAAGCAGGAAAAGACGGUGGUGGACAAGGUGUUCUUUGCACGUGUCCUGAAGAUAGUGAAAAUCAUGGUUCCUGGAGUGUUCUGCAAAGAGUCAGGAUACUGUCUCCUCAUCGCUGCUAUGCUGGUGGCCAGAACCUACUGUGAUGUGUGGAUGAUCCAGAAUGGAACCAUGAUCGAGAGUGGAAUCAUUAGCAGAGAUGUCAAUCUCUUUAAGAAGCACUUUUAUUACUAUAUUGCUGCCAUACCAGGGAUCUCGCUAGUCAACAACUUCCUGAAGCUGGGCCUGAAUGAACUGAAGCUCUGCUGCCGGGUUCGACUCACCAAGCACCUCUAUGACGAGUACCUGCAAGGUUACACAUACUAUAAGAUUGGUAACCUGGACAACCGCAUCGGUAACCCUGACCAGCUGCUGACCCAGGACGUGGAGAGGUUCUGUAACAGUGUGGUGGACCUCUACUCCAACGUUAGCAAGCCUUUAUUGGACAUCGGUCUGUACAUCUUCAAGUUGACCUCAGCCAUUGGUGCACAGGGUCCUGCCUGUAUGAUAGGAUACCUGAUGUUCUCUGGGCUCAUCCUGACACGUCUGCGGAGGCCCAUCGGGAAGAUGACGGUCAUGGAGCAGAGGUACGAGGGAGAGUACCGAUUCGUCAACUCUCGCCUCAUCACCAACAGUGAAGAGAUUGCCUUCUACAAUGGAAACCUGAGGGAGAAGCAGACCAUUCACUCUACCUUCCAGAAGCUGGUGGAUCAUUUACACAAUUUCAUUGUCUUCCGCUUUUCAACGGGUUUCGUGGACAGCAUCAUUGCUAAGUAUAUUGCCACUGUUGUCGGGUACCUGGUGGUGAGCAGGCCGUUCCUGAACCACACACACCCACGCCACCUACACAGCACCCACGCUGAGCUGCUAGAGGACUAUUACCAGAGUGGGCGUAUGUUGCUGAGCAUGUCUCAGGCCCUGGGCAGGAUCGUCCUGGCUGGCAGGGAGAUGAGCAGGCUCUCAGGGUUCACCGCUCGCAUCACCGAGAUCAUGAAGGUCCUGAAGGAGCUGAACUCUGGGAAAUACGAGAGGACCAUGGUCUCUCAGCAGGGAGGCAGAGAUAGUGAAUCGCUAGAUAGAAUCACCCUGGUCCCAGGAAGUGGUGAAAUCAUCAACAAAGACAAGAUCAUCAAGUUUGAGCAUACACCUCUUGCAACGCCUAAUGGGGACAUUCUUAUCAAAGACCUCAGCUUUGAGGUGACAUCAGGGACAAACGUCUUGGUGUGUGGCCCCAACGGCUGUGGGAAGAGCUCUCUCUUCAGAGUCCUGGGAGAGCUCUGGCCUCUGUUUGGUGGCCGUCUCACCAAACCUGAGAGAGGGAAGCUCUUCUACGUUCCCCAGAGGCCAUACAUGACCCUAGGCUCUCUGAGAGAUCAGGUGAUCUACCCAGAUACAGUGGAGGACCAGAGGAGGAAGGGGACCUCUGAUAAGGUGCUGAAGGAGUACCUGGACAACGUCCAGCUAGGUCACAUUCUGGAGCGGGAGGGCGGCUGGAACACGGUCCAGGACUGGAUGGACGUCCUCAGUGGAGGAGAGAAACAGAGGAUGGCUAUGGCCCGUCUGUUCUACCAUAAGCCCCAGUUUGCCAUCCUGGAUGAGUGCACCAGUGCUGUGAGUGUAGAUGUGGAGGACUUCAUCUACAGCCACUGUAGGACGGUGGGCAUCACGCUGUUCACGGUUUCUCACAGGAAGUCUUUGUGGAAGCACCAUGAGUACUACCUGCACAUGGACGGAAGGGGGAGCUAUGAGUUCAAACCCAUCACCCAGGAAACGGUGGAGUUUGGGUCAUAAUGAUCUUACCAUAGCCAAAUAUUGCGCACAGAGAUGGUCCUAAGUAAUUCUGCACUUCAUGAAGCAUAGAGCACAGAGGUCAAGUCCUAACAUCUUAAAAUGUUACGCUAGAGUAUGAAGACUGAGCUCUCUUAAUGUCAAGAGAGAAAUACCUAAACCUGUACAUUAAAGGAAGGGUCCACAAUAUGACAUCAUCAUACAUCUCUGUACACUUCCUGUUUUACAGAAACAAUAAACAACAAAAUGUACGUCUGCUGAGACCGACAGUAUUGGUUCUUCCUUAGGGCAGAUUUUGAAUUCUGUUGUUUAUGCCUGGAAACAGGAAGUCGCCCCGCUGUGUAUGAUGAUGUCAUAUUGCAGCCUACCAUUUAAGGACGUGUGUGUCUGUACGGGUGAGUUUUAAUUGUAUAUGAAGCAAAUAAUGUACUAAAAAGCUAGCCUUACCGAUUUUGUUUUUCCCCGUUUUAUUUCCGUUAAUGUUGCAUUGUUUUUAAUUAUUUAAAAUGUUCAGUUUUGAUGUUAAUGAAUUGAGAUGUAAGAGUUCCAUGAAGUGAUGUUUUUUUUUAAAUGUUUGUCUAGUGCAGUUAAACACUGAAGUGCAUUCUUCUUUCAUGAAGCCAGUUACUGUAUCUUAAGCAUAGCUAGUCUGACGCAGUCAACUACAGUACAUGUACCUGAAAAUGUCUUGUCUCCUAUAGUAAAAUCCCUCAGUGGCUGCUUCCGUUUAAGGUACAGUAACUAAGUUGAGCUUUGAUUAUUUUGUUAAAAGGGGAUUGAGGACGUGGGAAUUUUUGUUUUCAUAGGAUAGUUCAAAUGCAAUUGCUAUGAGCUGAACUACACAUUAAUAUAUAUUUCUCAAAACAA